AUCGAAGCGCUGAUGAUGGAGAUGCAGAAUCCAGAUACCGGCAUCAAGACGCAGACGCAGAGGGUGAUGAUCACAAACAUCCCACACGCUGUGGCAGGUAAUGAUAUAUUGCAGUGGAUUCUCCAACGCUUGCAGAUCACUGAGGAAGAGGCACUCCACCUGGGGGACCUGUUUGUCAAAUACGGAUACAUCUACCCUCUCCAGGAGCCAAAGAAUCUCACCCUUAAGACAGACGGCAGCCUGUACAGGUUUCAAACCCCUUAUUUCUGGCCCGCGCAGAGCUGGCCUGCUGAUGACACAGACUAUGCAAUUUACCUAGCAAAGAAGAACAUUAAGAGGAAAGGGAUUUUAGAAGAAUAUGAAAAGGAACAUUACAACAUGCUCAAUCAAAAAAUAAACUACAAGUGGGAUUUUGUUAUUAUGCAGGCCAAAGAGCAGUAUAAGGCAGGGAAGGAGCGGAAGAAGGCAGACAGAUACGCUCUGGACUGCCAGGAGAGAGCCUACUGGCUUGUGAACCGAACUCCUCCCGGCAUGCUAGACGUCCUAGAGUACGGAUUAGACCGCGUAACGGAUCCCAAUGAAAAUAAGGUAAACCAG